CAAGUCUUUUGUGUCUCUUUCAGGCCAAUAUUGUUAUGUGCCAGCUGCUGAUAAUAUUAUUGGUUCUCAUCUUGACUUUUAUCACCAGCUUAGAUUCGUCAAAAGUUAUGACAUUCAACCACACACAUCACACAUCCGUUGGCUUCUUCCAAAGAGAUUCCUACACCAUCUGCUAAACACUUUCACCGAUGGCAGAAGCAAUCUUCUCGGCAAUUGUUGGCGAUGUGAUCGGCAGAGUGAUAUCCCUUGUUGUCAGUAAUUUCAAUGGAGAUCACAGCACUGAAGUCAAGUUACAGAGGAUAUGCCGCAUGCUGAUCAAGAUCCAUAGCGUAGUUGAGGAGGCCAAAGGGAGGCAGAUCACCAACCAUGGCACCCUCGAGUGGCUCUCGGAGCUCAUCGAUGGCGCAUACCAAGGCCGUUACUUGCUCGACACGAUCGGAUGCGGGGAGCCUGAUCUUGAUGACAAGAAUCGCGAUGAGGUAGAUCCCAAGCCUUUCUCCUUGUCCAAGUUCAAUCCUGCAAAGCGUGUGCGCGUCGCGGCUUUCACCGUGAGGAACAUACUGUCUCGCCACGACAUCGGUGUUGAUGAGAUUGAUAGGGUGGUUGAGAGCUUGCAGAGCAUGUGUGGUGAUCUCAAGGAGUUCAUGAUGCUCCUUCAGGCCUGCCAGCCGAUUCAUCGGCCUCUAGCUACCAACAUCUUCAUCGAGGGGCAGAUGUUCGGCCGACAUGUCAAAAAGGAGAUGAUCAUCAACUUCUUGCUGCAUGAGGAUGAUCUACCAAGAGGAAAACUUGGUGUUCUUCCGAUUCUAGGCGAUAUCGGGGUCGGGAAGACCACCCUAGUACAGCAUGCCUGUGAUGAUGCUAGGGUGCGCAGCCACUUCACAACAAUCUUGCUGUUCAAUUUCUCACACACCUACAAGAUGGAGAUGUGUGAACCAAAGCCUGUUCUACGGCCUAAACAUGUCAUCGGAGAUGUUGGAAAUUCAGAUGAUCCACUACAUGAACUGGAGCAGAGUUUCUUCAACAAGAGGUUCUUGAUUGUUUUCGAGGAUGUUGACAUACACAAGAAGAACAUGCUUGAGGAGCUCCUGAAAAGCCUGAGUUGUGGCAAACAAGGUAGCAAGAUCAUAGUCACAACCAGCAACAAGCAUGUCACUACAAUUGGAACAGUGCAGCCUAUCAAACUGAAGUUUUUGCCCUGCCCAGAGUACUGGUUCUUCUUCAAAGCGCAUGCCUUCGCCGGCACAGAUGUCCAGGAGAACCCUAGGCUGGUGGCAGCAGGAAAAUCGAUCGCCGCGAAGCUGAACGGAUCAUUCUUCGGCGCAAAGAUCAUCGGGGCGAUUCUGAAAGAAAAUCCAGAUCCUAAAUUCUGGUGUACGGUUCUUCAGAGAGAUAUUGGGGGGCUGUCAUUGUUGGGUGAUGGACUUGGCUACAUUGCUGAUUUAGUGGAAAUUUUGCUGCCAAGUCGCCUAUCCGUGAAGGAGGUCUUCGUCUCCAAGAACUCAUUGUCCUCUGAGACAGAGUUGGCUAGGCUGCAGGGUCUGUGCUUGCCAUGUCCUAGCUCUGCCCCUCUAGCCACUCAUAGCAGUGAGCUCAGCUUAGCAAAAGCAACCAGCUAUGAAAGAGUGUUGCUGUGCAAGGCAGUGUUGCCAUUCUACUCCUUGUACUACACUGCUAAGUGUGCUGUGGACUCUGAGAACUGUUACUCAAAGUUUAGUGUUGUUUAGUUCAUUUAUAGGGUUGCAUCUUAUUGCCUAAUUCAAAAAUUUCUGUUUUGUUCCAUGUUUGAUGUAACCAGUGCUCUUCUCUUCUAUACAAGUACUAAUUGAACUUCACAG